GGCAGCCAGAGAGGCCAGGAUGAACUGGCGGCACACACGUACUGAGCGCUGACCGCAUAUCACGCCUGGUCCUAAGGGCUUCGGAAACACCAAGCCCCGUCAGGUGACUGUUGCAAUAUGUUUCGCGGCCGAGGACACUGAGGUAGGAGAAGCUGACGCCUUCCUUGAAGGUCGCACAGCAGGGAACAGCUCCCCAGGGAGGCCUCCCCGUGCUUGCUGGCCCCCCUGCAGGCCCUGCCAUCAUGUACACACAUGGGGUCUGGAUGGAGCAGACGUCGUCUUUAUAAACAAGCAAGAGCUCAAACAUCUGGCCCUUCCUCUGCAGCCAGAUGCUGUGCAGGUCCAAGCCCUUUGGCCUGCCCUGUCCACACGGGAUAAAUACCAGGAGCCCUCCUUCCCCGGGAUACCGGCCUGGGGUUCCUGAGGCCACAGGUGAGGAACAAGGCUCUCUGCGGGCUUCCGGCUGUGUCCAAGGGUGCCGCAAGGAGGGGAAUCUGCUGCCCGUCAGCAAACCCUGUGCCCUACCUCCCAGGCACGCAGCGUUUAACAUGCACCUUCACCAUCUGCAGCUGGACAGCUCGGGGCGUUAGCGCCUUCGUGUUACUGCGCAGCCAUCGCCACGGUCCAUCUCCAGAAGCUCCUCGUCUUCCCCGAGUGAAGCCCUGGCUCCCUCGCACCCUAACUGCCCGCUCCCAGCCCUGUGGACCUCCGUUCUCCGUGCCUUCUCUGAGCCUGCCCCCGCUGGGUGCCUCCUGUUAGGGGGAUCCCACGGCGUCCGUCUUCUGGCGGCUGGCUGGUUUCCUUAGCACAGAGUACCCCUGUGUCUGCUGUGUGGGAACGCUCCUUCUCGCGGGGCUUGGUGGAUGGACACCCCACAUUUGCUUUGUCACUCAUGUGGUGACAGUCGCCGGAUGCUUCCAUCACACACCCUGCGUAGACACAGUGUCUUCUCUCCGGAGCAACACACAGGACCGCGAGAGCUCAGUGUUUAUAAGGCCCUGUCCCCCGGGGUCACCUGUGACGGCCGUGGCUGCCACUCAGCCCGAUGGUGGAGAUGCUAGAGCGUCCCACUUUAACCGUAAGGAACCCCGAACGUGGGUUUUUAAGGUACAACUCCUAAAGUUUUAAACUGUUGAUACUUCAUCCAGAUGCUCCAGAACAUCGUGGAAGUCACACAGAACUGGCCCGGGAGCUGGGUUUGGCCCUUGGAGCCUCGGCAUGACCCGGGCCUUCUAACAAUUCCAGGAAGCGGGGUUCGGCAGAUGAGGAAGCAGAGUUCAGGGAGGCUAAGUUGCCCAAGACUGCCUGGCAGGGCCUGUAUCUGGACACAAGCCUUUAGUGCUAAGUCCGUGUCUUUCCUGAACGCUCCAGCAGCAGGUGUGAAAAUGCUUUGUGAGUGACAGCAUGGGCCAUGCACUUCACACGUGGUGUUAACGUAAGCAAAGAGAUGCCUUUGAGUGGGGCCCUAAACAGAGUGCAUUAGAUUUAAAAAUCUCCCAAGCCCCAGCCAGGUGGGGGAUGUGGGUCUUACUGCGGGCUCUGACCUCCCAGGGGCAAAAGAAAAGAGCACUUGCACCUCCAUGGCAGGGCCGUGUGUGCUGAGCCCAUCAAAAAGCUGAGCCGGCCUUCCAGCUGUUAAUCAGGACUCUGGCAGGUCCUGUGCCGAUGCUUCCGAGACUGGAGCACAGGCUGCCAUGAACCCCCGGGUUCAAAGGCCAGAUGCUCCCUAGCUUGACCGGACUCUCAGACCCAGGAUGCUGGGCUCCUGCAGGCUCAAGGAGGGGUUAAAUGGCACAUCUGUUUUCUCUCUCAGAAGGUCGACAACAAAGGCGCGGUUUAAAAGCGUUCUCCUCAGACACAGAUAACCCUCUGACACCGCCUCUGCACAGCCUGCUGUGUGGCACCACCCCGAGACCCUCCUGGGGACAGAGCCCAAACCUGGCGCCUGCGCACUGCUUACAGGACACGCCAAAGGAAGAGGCCCUCCCCGGCCAUGGUGUGCGUUCAGGUCCCCUCUGGAGCCCUGUGGAGAUCCCUGCCCCCCGAGAGCCACACUCUGCGGGCAGCACGACCGCUCUAAACGUAAUGCAUAAGUGGGAUGGCUAGUGUGUCAGAAGGUGGCCACUACCACAGGGGCCUGGAGGGGGAGAAGCAGGGAGCCGUGAUGGCACGCAUGGACCAGGGACCCACAGGGAGGCUCUCCGAUGGCCCCGUCCACUCCUGUUCAACUCUGGGCCUCCGGUUUAGGUCUCUGCAGGGCACAAUUCAGAGAGCAGAAGAGCGAGGCACUCAAGGAAGACGUCCACGAGGCAGGGCUGGCCUUCCUGGUGGGGAAUCAGCAAGUGCCGGAGAGGCCUCGAGGACGCACUGGCACCCCCACGAGCUCUCGGGGCAUCGCUGGGAAGGCCCAGGGGGAGGCAGGGUCACUUCGGGCCCCGCUGUGCAUCGUGCAGCGGCUUUCGCGCGUCACAGCCCUCACUGCAUGAGAAGCUGCCAGAGGCGAAAGACGCUGCGGGACCCCCAGUGCCGGGAAGAAGGCACAGCUUCGAGGGGUGGCUACUGUUCCCGGACGAAGUGGACAGUAACGGGCGAGGUGCAAGGGGCACCAUGCAAUCCACAUGCCGGUGAUCGGAAGCGGGAGGGUCAGCCACAGCCGCAGCCCGCGUCUCCCGGCUUCCUGGGACACACAGGACCCUGGGGAGCAUCGUCUGGUUCGGUCCGCACCAUGGCGAAGGAGGGAGCUGCCUCCCUCCUCCGUGAAGGCCCGGAACGGCGGACCCCCCCCUCCCCCAGCCAGCAGGGUGCCGAGCCCUCCGGUCCUCGCAGGUCCCAGCAGCAGGCAGCGUGGGGACGAGCCUCAGGUCUGAUAUUGAGCAGCACCUCGUUCCUCUGGACUGUGUGCUGGGGAUGGGAUCCGGUGUUUCCUUUGUAAAUUCCCAACUUUUUAAGAUUAAAAAUGUUAUUGUGGAAGAGAAUACACAACAUAAA